UGAUUUAUUCCUUUGUUCGUUAGGGUUUUCAUGCAACGCUUUACUGUGUGUGAUACAAUUGGAGACACCGGAAGAUUUUGAAUUCACUACACUCCCACUCCUUAUUGAAAAACCUCAUCGAUUCGAUCAUCUUAUUCAAUGUUUCAAUUAAUAAUUUAAGGCUUGGUACGAGUACGGGUACAGAUUGGGGAUUUUCUUCGGAAUUAGGGUUUUCGGUGAUUAAACAUAUUUGUGUGGAACAAUAGAGAUGAUGCAAGGGAAUAAUCGAUCGAGGAGAGGUGAGAAAAAUUGAGGGGUGAGUGGGUUUUGUAUGGAAACUCGGAGCCGGAAGCGGGCGGAGGCUUCCUCAGCUGCCCCUUCAUCCUCGACGACCGGUCCCACCACUCGUCCAGCCAAGCGCUCACGUCUUUCUUCUUCUUCGAUCCCUAACAACAACACCGCCGCUUCCGUUAACACGCGUUCUCGUUCGUCCAAGAAUAAAAACUCCGCUCCUCCCAUGGACCCCACCAACGAAUCCUCUGGGUCGCGUCGUGAUCGUCGCGGCAAGAAUUUCGAUAGGGAAAAUUCGGAUAAAGGGAAGGAAAAGGAAUUUCAAGAUGUUAGGGUUAGGGAUGCGGAGCGAGAGCGAGAGAGAGAGCGGGCGUUGGGGUUAAACGUGGAUAGCGAAGGCGCUGGGGACGACGAUGAUAACGAUAGCGAGGGUGGCGUGGGAAUUUUGCAUCAGAAUUUGACGUCUGCGAGUAGCGCUCUUCAAGGGCUUCUUCGGAAACUCGGUGCUGGUUUGGAUGAUCUGCUUCCGUCACCAGCGAUGGGUGGUUCCGGUUCCUCGUCUCACCAGAGUGGCAGGCUCAAGAAAAUUUUGUCUGGUUUGCGUGCCGAUGGGGAAGAAGGUCGUCAGGUUGAGGCAUUGACCCAGCUUUGUGACAUGCUUUCCAUUGGUACUGAGGAAUCCCUCAGUACAUUCUCCGUUGACUCGUUCGUGCCUGUGCUCGUGGACUUGCUUAAUCACGAGAGCAAUCCUGAUAUCAUGCUUCUUGCGGCCAGGGCGCUAACCCAUCUUUGUGAUGUGCUCCCUUCAUCUUGUGCUGCUGUUGUGCAUUAUGGGGCGGUGUCUAUUUUCUGUGCAAGAUUGCUUACCAUUGAGUAUAUGGACUUGGCUGAGCAGUCUCUUCAAGCUCUAAAGAAGAUUUCUCAGGAGCACCCAACUGCCUGUCUUCGAGCUGGAGCUCUGAUGGCUGUGCUUUCUUAUUUGGAUUUCUUCUCAACGGGAGUUCAGCGGGUGGCAUUGUCUACUGCCGCAAAUAUGUGCAAGAAGCUUCCUUCUGAUGCAGCUGACUUUGUGAUGGAAGCCGUACCUCUUUUGACAAACCUACUUCAGUACCAUGAUGCAAAGGUCCUGGAGUAUGCCUCUGUUUGUUUGACUCGAAUAGCUGAAGCAUUUGCAUCAUCUCCAGACAAAUUAGAUGCUUUGUGCAAUCAUGGACUGGUAACACAAGCUGCCUCCCUCAUUUCUACCAGCAGUUCUGGCGGUGGACAGGCUUCUCUCAGCACUCCAACAUAUACUGGUUUGAUCCGGCUUCUUUCCACAUGUGCAAGUGGGUCCCCUCUUGGAGCUAAAACAUUACUUCUCCUUGGAAUUAGUGGCAUUCUUAAAGAUAUACUAUCUGGUUCUGGAGUUUCUUCUAACACCUCUGUUUCACCUGCAUUGAGUAGACCAGCAGACCAGAUAUUUGAGAUUGUGAACCUGGCAAAUGAACUUCUACCCCCAUUGCCACAAGGAACCAUUUCAAUUCCUGUCAGCUCCAACUUAUUUGUGAAGGGUCCUGUGGUGAAAAAGUCUUCUGCUGGCAGUUCUGGGAUACAAGAAAACACAAAUGGAAAUGCUCAUGAGAUAUUGGCUCGUGAGAAAUUAUUAAAUGAUCAACCUGAGUUACUUCAGCAAUUUGGGAUAGAUCUCCUCCCAGUUUUAAUGCAGAUAUAUGGAUCUAGCGUCAAUGGUCCUGUUCGCCACAAAUGUAUAUCUGUCAUUGGAAAAUUGAUGUAUUUCAGCACAGCUGAGAUGAUUCAGUCCUUGUUGAGUGUGACAAAUAUAUCAAGUUUCUUGGCUGGCGUGUUGGCAUGGAAAGAUCCGCAAGUUCUGGUUCCUGCCUUACAAAUUGCAGAAAUUCUUAUGGAAAAGCUUCCUGGGACUUUCUCUAAGAUGUUUGUCAGAGAAGGUGUGGUCCACGCAGUUGACCAACUUAUUUUGGCAGGGAGUUCAACCAAUCUCUCUGCACAAGCAACAUCAGCUGAGAAGGAUAAUGAUUCUACAUCAGGAACAUCAUCUCGCGCUAGGCGCUAUCGGUUACGCAGUGGUAAUUCAAAUCUUGAUGCAAACCCAUUGGAUGAUUUGAAGAGUCCAGUUCCGGUGAACGUUGGUUUGCCACCAAAUUCCAUAGAAACUCCAACAAUUAAGGUAAGUAUUCGUGCAUCUGUUAGCUCAGCUGCUAGAGCUUUUAAGGACAAAUACUUUCCUUCUGAUCCUGGGGCUGUUGAAGUGGGUGUUAGUGAUGAUCUUUUGCAUCUAAAAAAUCUCUGCAUGAAGUUGAACACUGCUGUUGAUGACCAAAAAGCUAAGGCAAAAGGUAAAGUUAAAGCUUCUGGGUUUGGUCUGGAUGAUAAUUCUGCUAAUACAGAAGAGUAUUUGGUUGGGGUGAUAUCUGACAUGCUAAAGGAACUUGGCAAAGGAGAUGGUGUAUCUACUUUUGAAUUUAUCGGUAGUGGUGUUGUUGAAGCUAUGCUGAAUUAUUUUUCUUGUGGGUAUUUCCCUAAAGAUCAAAUCUCAGAAACCAGUCUGCCCAAGCUUCGCCAACAAGCACUGACAAGGUUCAAGUCAUUUGUAGCCGUUGCACUUCCUUCUAGUGCUGACAAUGGGGCUGUUGCUCCUAUGACUGUGUUGAUUCAGAAGCUUCAAAAUGCUUUGUCCUCCUUGGAGCGUUUCCCAGUUGUGCUGAGUCAUUCAUCUCGGUCAUCUAGCGGAAGUGCAUGUCUCUCCUCUGGACUAAGCGCAUUAUCUCAGCCGUUCAAGUUGCGUCUCUGUCGAGCGCAGGGUGAAAAGUCACUAAGGGAUUAUUCUUCCAAUGUUGUACUGAUUGAUCCUUUAGCAAGUUUUGCAGCUGUUGAGGAAUUUCUCUGGGCUCGUAUACAGCGUUGUGAAUCUGGUCAAAAAUCUACUGCACCCGCUGAGAAUUCUGAAUCUGGAACAACUGCAGGAGCAGGUGUUUCAUCUCCUUCCUCUUAUACUCCCUCUACUACCCGUCGUCAUUCUACUAGAUCUAGAUCAUCUGUUAAUAUAGGAGAUACACCUAGAAAAGAAAUAUCUCAAGAUAAAAGCACAAGCUCAUCUAAGAGCAAAGGCAAAGCUGUAUUAAAGCCUGCACAGGAGGAAGCACGGCCCCCCCAAACAAGGAAUGCUGCACGCAGGAGAGCGGCUAUUGAUAAAGAUGCUCAAAUGAAACCUGCAAAUGGUGACUCAACUUCUGAGGAUGAAGAACUGGAUAUAUCUCCUGUUGAGAUUGACGAGGCUUUAGUAAUUGAAGAUGAUGAUAUUUCUGAUGAUGAUGAUGAUGAAGACCAUGAAGAUGUUCUGAGGGAUGAUUCUCUUCCUGUCUGCUUGCCUGACAAAGUACAUGAUGUGAAAUUGGGUGACUCAGCUGAGGAGAGUACUGUUGCUCCAGCAACAAGUGACAGUCAGACUAAUGUAGCCUCAGGUUCUAGCAGCAAAGCUGGUACAGCCAGGGGAUCUGAUUCUGCAGAUUUUAGGAGUGGGUAUUCUUCUAGCUCUAGGGGUGCAAUGUCAUUUGCUGCUGCUGCCAUGGCUGGACUUGGAUAUGCUAAUGGCAGAGGUUUCAAGGGUAGCAGAGAUAGGCAUGGGCGUCUGUUGUUUGGCAGCUCUAGUGAUCCUCCAAAGUUGAUAUUUACUGCUGGUGGGAAGCAACUUAACAGGAAUUUGACUAUUUAUCAGGCAAUUCAAAGACAGCUUGUGCUAGAUGAAGAUGAUGAGAGAUUUGCUGGCAGUGACUAUGUAUCCAGUGAUGGAAGCAGUCUGUGGGGGGACAUUUACACCGUCACUUAUCAGAGGGCUGAAAACCAGACAGACAGGGUCUCUAGUGGAGGAACGUGUUCAAAUGCUUCAAAAUCUGCCAAAUCUGGGUCUGCCUCAAAUUCCAGCUCAGAACCGAAAUUGCAUCAGACAUCUGUUCUAGACAGUAUAUUGCAGGGAGAAUUGCCAUGUGAUCUAGAGAAAUGUAAUCCUACCUAUAAUAUUUUGGCACUGUUGCGUGUGCUGGAGGGUUUGAACCAGCUUGCACCUUGUUUGAGGGCCCAAAUGGUUUCUGAUAGCUUUGCUGAGGGAAAAAUCAUGGAUUUAGAUGAGCUAGGUGUUACAACAGGUGUUAGGGUGCUUCCUGAGGAAUUCAUAAGUAGUAAGCUUACACCAAAAUUGGCCAGGCAAAUACAAGAUGCCCUUGCACUAUGUAGUGGGAGUCUUCCCUUAUGGUGUUAUCAGUUGACUAAAGCAUGCCCUUUCUUGUUUCCGUUUGAGACCCGACGACAAUAUUUUUAUUCUACUGCAUUUGGGUUAUCUCGUGCAUUGUAUCGACUUCAGCAGCAGCAAGGUGCUGAUGGUCAUGGUUUGACUACUGAAAGAGAGAUGAGGGUUGGGAGAUUGCAGCGCCAAAAGGUCCGUGUCUCUCGAAAUCGCAUUUUGGAUUCUGCUGCAAAAGUUAUGGAGAUGUAUUCCAGCCAAAAAGCUGUACUUGAAGUAGAAUAUUUUGGUGAGGUUGGCACUGGUCUGGGUCCCACCCUUGAGUUUUAUACAAUUCUAAGUCAUGAUUUGCAAAAAGUUGGACUGCAGAUGUGGAGAUCUUAUUAUUCAGAGAAACAUCAAAUGGAAGUUGAUGGAAAUGAAAAGAAAACUAAAAGUAGUGAAGGCUCUGGGCCUAAUUUGGCUGGAGAUGGAGAGCUUGUCCAAGCUCCUCUGGGGUUGUUUCCUCGGCCUUGGCCUGGAAGUUCUGAUGCAUCAGAGGGUAGCCAGUUUUCAAAAGUUGUUGAGUUUUUUCAGCUGCUGGGUCGUGUUAUGGCUAAAGCUCUUCAAGAUGGACGACUAUUAGAUCUGCCAUUGUCAGGGGCAUUUUAUAAACUUGUUCUUGGUCAAGAUCUGGAUUUGCAUGACAUUCUAUUUAUUGAUGCUGAGCUUGGGAAGACGUUGCAGGAGUUGAAUUCCCUUGUUUGCCGGAAACGUCAUAUAGAAUCUAUUGAUGUUAACUAUGCUGAUACAAUUGUUAACUUACAUUUUCGUGAUGCCCCGAUUGAAGAUUUGUGCUUGGAUUUUACACUUCCUGGUUAUCCUGAAUACAUCUUGAAAGCCGGAGAUGAAAUUGUUAAUAUCAACAAUUUGGAGGAAUACAUAUCCUUGGUGGUUGAUGCAACUGUCAAGACUGGAAUCAUGCGUCAAAUGGAAGCAUUUAGAGCAGGGUUUAACCAGGUUUUUGACAUCUCAUCUUUGCAAAUUUUUACACCUCAAGAACUAGACAAUUUGCUUUGCGGUCGCAGAGAGUUGUGGGAGGCUGAGACACUUGCUGAUCAUAUAAAAUUUGACCACGGGUAUACUGCAAAGAGCCCUGCCAUUAUUAAUUUACUUGAAAUUAUGGGAGAGUUCACACCAGAGCAGCAGCGCGCCUUCUGUCAAUUUGUCACAGGUGCACCUAGGUUGCCACCUGGUGGACUGGCUGUUCUAAAUCCAAAACUGACGAUUGUCAGGAAGCUUUCGUCAACUGCGGUUAAUACUUCAUCUAAUGGGAAUGGAACUUCAGAAUCCGCAGAUGAUGACUUGCCUAGUGUUAUGACAUGUGCUAAUUACCUGAAGCUUCCUCCUUACUCUACCAAGGAAAUUAUGUACAAGAAGCUUCUCUAUGCAAUCAAUGAGGGCCAAGGAUCCUUUGAUUUAUCAUGAGUUUCUGAAACUAACCAACCUAACCCUGUAUGUUAAUAGAUGAAUCGGGGUUUAUUCUCGAGGCUGGGUUAUUUUUUGGUUGAAUGUGCUGUCCUCGCUUCUUGAAUAAUGGCCUCGUUCUCCGUGCUAGUUGCAAGGUUGUGGAUUUGUUCAGUUGAAUCGGACGACAUUUCAAGGUGUAGGGGAAUUUACAGAGCUCUUUUUUU